GACUGCGAUGCUUCCUCCCACAAACAAUGAACAACCUUAACCUUAACAAAAAGUCUUAGCUUUUGAUUGUCUGGAACAAAGUGCCGAGCUAUCAAUGGCAAAGCCAACGGUUGAUGCACACGUUCAUUUCUGGGAUCUUGAGAAGUUCCAGUACGUGUGGCCUAGGGGGGGACAAGAGGCUGCACUGUUUGACAACUUUUAUCCCUGUGGCUACGAAAAGGCCCUUGUAGAGAGUGGCUGCCCUGUCAAGAAUGGCAUCUUUGUACAAGUUGUAAACAACACGGUUGCAGAAACUGAUUGGGUCUUAGACAUGGCUACUCGUCACAAAUGCAUUGUGGGAGUUGUUGGCUGGAUUGACAUGUGUGGCUCAGAUGAUGAGGUUGACGAGGAGUUACAGAGGUUGUCCAAAAAUCCCCUUUUUCUUGGACUUCGUCACAUCCUGGACUUGGAAGAACCAGGCUGGAUUGUGAAAAAAGAAGUCAAGAGAACUCUGGGAAGACUGGAGAAGCUGAAUUUGACCUAUGACAUCCUCUUAAGGCCUCAUAGCCUCCACUAUGCUGCUGAUGUUGCCCAAGAGUUUCCUGAUCUGAGAUUGAUCAUCGAUCACCUUGCCAAACCAAAGAUCAAAGAAGGAGAAUUUGAUGAAUGGGCCAAGGAAAUGAGCAGGGCAGCCAGCUUCCAAAAUGUCUACGUCAAAUUGUCUGGAAUGGUGACAGAAGCAGAUCCACAAUGCUGGAAACCACAUGACCUAAAGCCUUAUGUUCAGCACUGUGUAAAGUCUUUUGGUGCCCAGCGCUGUAUCUUCGGCAGUGAUUACCCCGUUUUCAAAAUGGUAGGUGCCACUUACAAGCAGGUUUACGAUGCGCUAAUGGAAUGCUUACUGGACUGUACCACUGAGGAGGAGAGGGGUGCGAUCUUUGGUGAAAAUGCAGUUCGUUUUUAUCAAGUUAAGGUUCCGCUUCUGGAGUAGAUUAAGAAGGGAGCCUGGCAGAAUUUGGCUUCACUGCCAAGAUAAUUAUUGAACUUACAAAUCAUUUUUGGAAGUGUAGAAUUAAGAUGUAAAUCAUUCUAUCAAUAUUAUUCAUUGUAUCUAGAGAAUAUCUUAAUAUGCCCUUCUGAUGAUUAAAAGGAACUUUGUUAAUUCUUAAUAGG